UAUGAGAUUCAUGGCAGCAACAUGACAACACAACAGGCAGUCUUUACCAACAGCCAUUUUGCUUGGCAUUUCCCAUGAUGCACCGCUGCUGUCACAACAACUCCACGCCAUUUCAGAGUCAGGGGGGCGGAAACACCCACGGGGGAAUAACGGUAGGAUCUGUUCGUCUGUCCGUGGAAAGCCCCUUUCGGCUUCUCGCCAUCGUCGGGCGGUCAGCUGCUUGUGUUCCGAUGCAGGUUUUUGGGCUCGUGCGCGGCAGCUUUUCCCGCGUGGGCCCGGGCUGAAGUGCCAAGUGACGGUCUAGUCGGAUUUUCGUGCUAACAGCUAGUAAGCUAGCUGAGUGUAAACAAGGAUGAAGCGGAUCAAAGGAGGAGAGGAGGACAGCGACAGCUCCUCCAGUGAGAGCCCACAGGAGGCCUGCAAGAAGGUGCGGACACAGCCCGAGGCAGCGGGGGCCAGUGACACACCUGUAAGUGACUGGGCGCGACUGCCCCAGGAGCUCCUGCUUCUCAUCUUCCAGUACCUGCCCCUGCUGGAUCGGGCUUAUGCCUCUCAGGUGGGCCGCCGCUGGAACCAGACUUUUCACAUGCCCGAGCUGUGGAGAUGCUUUGAGUUUGAGCUUAAUCAGCCAGCAAGCUCCUACCUCAAAGCCACACACCCGGACCUCAUCAAACAGAUCAUAAAGAGGCACUCCAACCAUCUGCAGUAUGUCAGCUUCAAGGUGGACAGCAGUACAGAGUCUGCAGAAGCAGCAUGUGACAUCCUCUCACAGUUGGUGAAUUGCUCUCUGAAGACCUUGGGCCUCAUUUCUACAGCGAGGCCCAGUUUCAUGGAGGUUCCAAAGUCUCACUUCAUCUCAGCUCUGACCGUGGUGUUUGUCAACUCCAAGUCGCUGUCGUCGCUGAAGAUAGACGACACGCCGGUGGACGAUCCGUCGCUGAAGGUCCUGGUGGCCAACAACAGUGACACCCUGAAACUGCUGAAGAUGAGCAGCUGCCCUCACGUCUCCCCAGCAGGGAUCCUGUGUGUGGCAGACCAGUGUCACGGCCUGAGAGAGCUGGCACUAAACUACCACCUCCUGAGCGAUGACCUCCUGCUGGCCCUCUCCUCGGAGAAACAUGUGCACCUUGAACACUUGCGCAUCGACGUGGUGAGCGAGAACCCCGGUCAGCACUUCCACGCCAUCAAGAAGAGCUCCUGGGACGCCAUGGUGCGCCACUCGCCCAAAUUCAACCUGGUCAUGUACUUCUUCCUCUACGAGGACGAGUUCAGCCCCUUCUUCAACGAGGAGGUCCCGGUCACGCACCUCUACUUCGGCCGCUCGGUCAGCAAGGAGGUGCUGGGCCGCGUCGGCCUCCACUGCCCUCGUCUGGUGGAGCUGGUGGUGUGCGCCAACGGCCUGCGUCCUCUGGAUGAAGAGCUGAUCCGCAUCGCCAAGCACUGCACCCAGCUGUCCGCCAUCGGCCUGGGCGAGUGCGAGGUCUCCUGCAGCGCGUUCGUGGAGUUCGUCAAGAUGUGUGGCCGCAGGCUCUCCCAGCUGUCCAUCAUGGAGGAGGUGCUGAUUCCAGAUAACAAGUACACCCUGGAUGAGAUCCACUGGGAGGUCUCCAAGCACCUCGGCCGGGUCUGGUUCCCGGACAUGAUGCCGACCUGGUGAAGAGGCACACGCCACGUCUGGCUUGUGGCGUGCAGACUUCCGGGGCCUGAAUGUUUGUAACGUGGCACCUGACCGCUUGGUUAAAUUCAAAGUUGCUUUGCUUAAUCUGGAAUAAGAAUUUGCCAGUCUGGCUAUUUCACACAUUAAAUUAAAUCAGCAGGUGGAAAAAUCAGAAGUUUUUACAAAUGCAAAAGUAGUAGCUAUGAACAUUGAAUAGUGCGUGUUCAUGUUUUUUAACAUUGUGCAGUAAUUCAGGAAGAUUAGGUAGAUACUUGCAUGUGGUGCUAUUACCACCUAGCCUACUUAUUUCCAUUCUGAGAUGGCAGCUGUGCACCCAAUACGGCAUUAGAGGUGAUGUUAUUCGUCCAUUGUAUGUGACAAGAGGUGAUUUGUAGCAGGAGUGUUUGUGUGUGUGUGUGUGCGCGCGUGAUGGAAUUGAUGGCAGUUGUGCAUUUUAUUUAAUUCUUCUCCAGAUGAUUUAUUUUUCUCUCCUGCAUCGAUAGGCUUAACAGAGACUUGUGUUCAGGUUUCUGAACAGAUAUAUUUUUCCUAAGCACCUUACAUGAAUACCAAGAUGAGGCCCAAAUAAAAGCAAGGACACAAUCUUUAUAAUAUGCCAAUUUGUACAAGUUGGACCCUAAUGCUUAUUUACACUGUCCUUAGGUUCUAUUACCACCUAAGUGUUUUAUAUUAAUAAUAACAAAACAGAUGGUUCUAAUGUAAAUAUAGAUGGCACACAACUAUUUGAGUUUACUUUAAUAACUGCUAUUGCGGCUAUUAUCUCACAAUGCAUGCUGGGAAUGCAAAAAUUAACCCUUUGUGUUUCCUGGGUCAUUGAAUUAAUAUAUUUACCUAUAGGUUUUAUUUGUAACUUCUGCUAUUUUCCCGUUGGAGCUCCAGAGCUGACCUCAUGUUGUGAGUACCUGGCCUCCUGUAUGGUGUCACCGGGUGGUGCACGCAGGAGACAACCUGGUAUUCAUCUUCUCAUUCUUUAAGAUGUUCCCGCCCAAAACCCUAAUUCAUUUAAGUCCAAAUAGAUUUGGCUUGUCAGAUGAGUGAAACAAAUGUUCCUUUUUAAGAAGAGACAGCUGCAUCUGUCUAUAAACGCUGUGUGUUUGGAUCUUCUGAAUACAGUUCUUUAUUUGGCCCUCUGUCGAGGUCAGAAGUUUCCUGAACCAAAGGCUGGUAUCUUUGAUAAAAGCACAGUGUGUUAUCUUUUUUUGUUCAUACUGUACAACAUGUAUAUGUCUAGGAGAAGAUAAGCCGUGUGAUUCAUUGUGUUUUUCAGUUUUACAAAGAAUCAAUCAUUGGAACCACCAGGCAGACCAGUAGUACUGGUUUAGGUCCACCACCACCAGCCUAAAACCCUUUAUAUGACACCGGGAAGAGGAAGUGAGUCAAAUCCUCUGGAGUGGGUUAAUGAACCCUGUGUUUUUGUUCUGGAGGAGUCGUCUUCCAGCAGGACAACAAAAAGAAGGAAGAUGCUCCACACCUUUCUGUAUUGCAGGAAAAAGAAAGUAUGAAAUAUAUGGCAACUCUGUGGAAACGGGUAGUUCAACUAAAGGAAGGGAGAUGGCUACAUUUAUACGUGUCCUGAAGACGUAUCAUAAGAUUAUGUAUUUUCAAAAAAAGCUUAUCACUAUUGGCCAACGCUGCACGUCUAAAGAUCUGUAAAUAAUCCUGGGUUCUGAUCUAGUUUUUCUGCCACCCUGGAUCCCAUUUGUCCGUGUUGUAUUUCAUGUAAGCUAAGCAGCAAGUUAGACUCUGACUGGGGGGGUGGUUGCAGGGAGCUCUUCUCACACCUGUGCAGUGUGCACAAGCGUCUCCGUGCUACCUGUGCAGUGCGUUGCACGGCUCCAAAGGGGCGGUGUUGUGAUUCAGUACUGUGCUGCUUUGAAUUGUUUCACCCUGCUGUUCUUUGGCUUUCAAUGGAAAUGUCAGUUGGAAGAGUCCAGAUGAAAUGCGACAUGAAGACGCCUCGCCAGUUGUUGGCACAGUGUCCCCCAGCGAGUCGUGUUAGGAGUAAACUGUUGACCAGGCUGUCCUUUUAGUUUGGCAAAGGCUUGGUCUUAUUUUCUUAACUGUCAGCUGUCUUGGAAUAAAAAAAUGUUUUGAACAUAUGAUUUUAUUCGGACAAUAAAAACAUUGAAUGUA